GCUUGACGUCACUGGAUUCUGACGUUCUGCGAAGUUUCUGCUGCUCGUUCACGACUCCGUUGUUUGUUUAUUUGUUAGUUCGAAGCUUUGUUUGUUUGCUGACGUCACCGCGGAGGACUGCAAGGAGAGCGCGCGCCAAGUUUGUCGACUCGCACGGCGCAGACUCAGAACCAGGACCGGAACCCGACCAGAUCCCAGUCUUCCCAGUGUUCUGAGUGUUCCCCAAACUUCCCAGUGUUCCCAGCAUUCCCCCAGUGUUCCAGGUCCCCCCAAGUGUUCCCAGUGUACCCUAGUGUUCUCCCAGUGCUCCCAGUCCCCCCAGUGUCCCCCCAGUGCUCCCAGUCCCUCCACCAUGAGCGUGCAGCCCCGGCGGAUCCGUCUGAAGCCCUGGCUCCUGGCCCAGGUGAACAGCGGCAGAUAUCCUGGUCUCCAGUGGCUCAGUCCGGACCACCGACUCUUCCAGAUUCCCUGGAAACACGCGACCCGUCACACGCCGGCAUCCGACGAGGAGAACACCAUCUUCAAGGCAUGGGCUCUGGAAACAGGUAAAUAUCAGGAAGGCGUGGACGAACCCGACCCGGCGAAGUGGAAAGCAAACCUUCGCUGUGCUCUGAACAAAAGCCGAGAGUUCCAGCUGAAAUAUGACGGAACCAAAGAGACGCCGGUCCAACCGUACAAGAUCUACGAGGUGUGCGAGCAGCCAGGGAACGCAGACGGUGUUGACGACGAUGACGAAGAGAUGCCCAGUCUCAACGACCUCACUAUCAACCCCAGGAUCAGCAACCCCUCGUCCUUCGUCUCCUUCAUGGAUCGGUUCAGUUUAUCCACCAAUGGGACGUUCGGACAGCCACAUGUGAUCCCAGCUCCGCUGCUCCCCGACAGAGUUCUGCCCAUGACCUCGGAUGUUCCCAUGACCUCAGACGUUCCCAUGACCUCUGACCUCCAGCCUCAGGGUCAGAUGGUGGAUCAGGACAGCUUUGCUCAUCCUGGAGGUCUCCGUGACGGACUCCCGGACCUGAACUCUCUGCCGAGUGCCGGGGCCUCCGCUCACCCGGGGCUUGACCAGAUGGAGGCCAGGAGCAUGGAGGCCGUCCAGAACCAAGGGGACCCUCAGAACCACCAACCCUGCAAGUACGACCUGCUGAGCAGCGUCCCACUAACAGAUCUGGACCUGAAGUUCCAGUACCGGGGCCGAGCUAUGGGUUCUCUGACGGUCAGUAACCCUCAGGGCUGCCGGCUGUACUACGGACACCUGGAACCGACCCCGGACCAGGUGGACCUGUUCGGACCCAUCACCCUGCAGCAGGUGCUGUUCCCGGGGACGUCUGAGAUCCAGAACCAGAAGCAGCGGUUCUACACAGAGGCCCUUCUGGACGUGAUGGACCGCGGUCUGAUCCUGGAGAUCUGGGAGCAGGAUAUCUACGCCGUCCGGCUCUGCCAGUGUAAGGUGUUCUGGUCCGGACCGGGCAUGCCGGAGCAGGGACCUCCCAACCCCAUGGAGAGGGAGAAGAAGAUCAAAGUGUUCAGCCUCAACAACUUCCUGCAAGAACUCAUCCUGUACCAGAAAGGUGAAGCUCCGAACCCUCCGCCCUUUGAGAUCUACUUCUGCUUCGGGGAGGACUGGCCCGACAGGAAACCCAAAGAGAAGAAACUCAUCAUCGUCCAGGUGGUUCCUGUGGUGGCUCGGAUCCUGACGGAGAUGUUCUCUGGAGAACUGAGCUGGUCCACGGACAGCAUCCGGCUGCAGAUCUCCAACCCGGACGUGAAGGACCAGACAGUGGAGCAGUUCAAGGAGCUGCAGAGACUCCUGCAGAGUCAACACAUCCAAGGGCCCUGGACCCCCGCCGGCCCCUGAACACAUCCAGGGGCCCUGGACCACCGCCGGCCCCUGAACACAUCCAGGGGCCCUGGACCCCCGCACACAUCAAGGGGCCGUGGACCACCGCCGGCCCCCGAACACAUCCAGGGGCCCUGGACCACCGCCGGCCCCCGAACACAUCCAGGGGCCCUGGACCACCGCCGGCCCCCGAACACAUCAAGGGGCCCUGGACCACCGCCGGCCCCCGAACACAUCCAGGGGCCCUGGACCCCCACCGGCCCCCGAACACAUCCAGGGGCCCUGGACCACCGCCGACCCCUGAACACAUCCAGAACUUUCUCCGGACAGCAGGACUGGUCCUUCAAUGAACUCUCAUUGUUCUGAUCGUUUCCAGUCAGGGUUUUUAUAGAUUAUUGAUCAUCGAUCAGAACUUCGGAAGACAGUCUGAAGAUUCUCAGUCGUCCUCAAGUGAAACGUCUUCAAGGACCAGAAUGAGGACCAGAACGAGGACCAGAACGAGGAGUGGAGAUCAGAGAGGACAGACUCUGGACCAGCUGAGUUUAAAUCAUUUCAUUAGACGAACCUUUAACCCCCAAGUGUUCAGGAUUUCAAUAAACGCUGCAGUAUUCUUUCUAGAACUGACACUCUCACUUCUAAUGAUGAUCCAUCAAAGAUCACAUUGACAUGAGGUUCCUCUGAAUAUUUAAGACCUACAGACACUAAUUCUCCACUGGCAUCAGUUGACUGGCACUAAAUUAAUGGGCAGAUUACUUCAUCACUGAUUAUUUGAGUCAUUUUUUUUUAUCAACAAAUUCUGGAAAACUGUUUUUAAACCUCAUUAAACUGUUUUUGGUUUCAGGCUGAGAAAUUAAAGACAAACAUUUUAAUAGGA